AUGAAGCCCAGUGUGGGCGCCGCAGCCGCCGUGGCGCUUUGGGGCCCCGCCGCGGUGGUUUCUGCAAGCGUGGUCUCGAUGGAUAUCGUGAGGUCCAAUCCAGAGGAGCAAGAAGGACUGUCCAAGCGGUCGACCUUUGUCGAAUCGCUUGCCAACAACAUCACGGGCGGUGCCUACUACAUCGACGUCAAGGUGGGCACGCCCGGAACACCGGCGCGCAUGGUCCUCGACACGGGAAGCAGCGACGCCUGGAUCGUGUCGCAGGAAGCGAAUCUUUGCACAAGCAGAACCCUGCAGAUGGUUCACGGCGAUACGUGCGCCACGACGUACGACUCGGCCAAGAGCACCUCGUACGCGCUGGAACAAGCGGACGGGUUCUCGAUCCGGUAUCUUGACGGGUCUCAAGCCAAGGGCGACUACAUAAAAGAUGACUUCACAAUAGGCGGCACCACCAUCCGGUCGAUGCAGAUGGGCCUAGCGAAGGAGACGGUUCGCGGGACGGGAAUCUUGGGCGUGGGCUUUAGCACGCACGUGGCGGCGCCGGAGCAGUAUCCUAACAUUAUGGAUGAGCUGGUGCGCCAGGGCUUGAUCCCGGCUAAGGCGUACAGUCUGUGGCUCAACGACCGCCGGAGCCCGUCGGGCCGCAUCCUGUUUGGCGGCGUCGACACGGCCAAGUUCAUCGGCGCCCUGGGAGUGCUGCCCCUGAUACCGGACGUGUCGACGGGCAAAAUCACGUCCUUCACCGUCAACUUGGCGUCCAUGUCCAUCGCCUUCUCCAACAAGACCAUAUCCGAAGUGCCGACGCGCAACGCCUCGGGGGUUCCGGCCCUGCUAGACUCGGGAACUACCCUGUCGUAUCUGCCUGCUGGCAUGGCCGAGAAGGUCUUUCGCACGACGGGCGCCCACACCGACACGCGGGCGGCGGGGACGGGUCUGACGUUUGUCGACUGCAAGCAGCUGGACAGUGAGCGUGGCCUUAACAUGUUCUUCUCCUUCCGCGGUCCCGGUGUGAACGGAGGUGCGGAAGAGACGACGACUAUUCGCGUGCCUGUUCACGAGAUGGUGCUGGACGUGAUCAGGGGGGCGCUCGAGCACUUGGUGCCAGGGAAUAUGCCGUUCGCUCCGCGUGACACAUGCCUGCUUGGAAUCCAAAGCACGGCCGGGUUUGCAUCUGUGGCAUCAGACCUGGCCCGAAGCGAGUGGACCCUUCUGGGAGACACGUUCCUGAGGUCGGCGUACGUUGUGUAUGAUCUGGACCACAAACAGGUCGGCCUUGCCCAAGCCAACCUCAACGCGACCGACUCAAAGGUGACAGAGCUAUCCAACAGCACGACGGCGGGCCUGCCACGGCUGUCUGGCGUGGCGAGUCAGCUAUCUGCCACCCCCGGACCGACUAUUCUGACGACGGUCACGGGCACUGACGGGAAGCCGACAGUGACGGUGACGGAUGCGGCAUCAGAGUCCAACGGGGCUUGGCGGGCGAGAGGCGGUGGCAGCGGGGGCGACAUGCUUGCCGUUAUAGCGGUCUCGGGGCUGUUUGCUCUACUUGGAGGAGCAUUCAUGGCGUUCUGA